AUGAAGACCAUGUUUAGCUUCACGGAACCUGCUCUCCACUUGGCCUGUGCCAUUGGCCGUGAAGAUAUGGUGAAGCUCCUGGUAGAUCGGCACUGCCAGCUUAACCUCUGUGAUGGCGAAGACAGGACAGCUCUCGUGAAGGCUAUACAAUGCCAAGAAGAGGCAUGUGUAACUCUUCUCCUGGAACACGGUGCUGAUCCUAAAGUGAAAGACAACAAGGGCAACACAGCUCUCCAUUAUGCAGCCCACGAAGGGAUUGUCUCAAUAGCAGAGAAGCUGCUUUUACAAAACGCAAAUAUAGAGGCCAAAAACACGGAUGGCCUCACACCAGUUUUAGUUGCUCUAAAUGAAAACAAAGAGCAAAUGGUGAAAUUUUUAGUAGGAAAAGGAGCACGUCUACUUUCAGGGGAUACGGUUAAAAGGUAGAGUAUUUUUUUGUUUUGUUUUUUAAACCUUACUAUUUU